GCUCUCGAUAUCUAGGAUCUGGAACUGCAGCAAUCGAGGUUUGAUUAAUUGAGGAAUCAGGCCCUUGGAGAGAGCAACACCAACCGUCAGCUUUCGUAGGCAACCUGUUUGUGACUGCCCGCCUGUCCAAGCCCCACUAGCUUCGCUGCCUCAGACCUCAAAUGCUGAAUGUGCGGCCUCCAAUAUUGCGACUUUAGGCUCCCAGAUAGUAUAUCUCAGCCCGAUCAUAGUACGAGCUUCCUCAACAUGUGGAAACGACAACAUGUCCUCAAUACGACUCGCGACGGCCUCGAAUGUUCGUGCUUUCCAGAGAUUGUCCAAUAAGCUCAGCACAAGCAACGGGAAAUGGACAGAUUCGAUCGACCACGAAGCCCUCAACGAUGAAUUCGGACGGCUUAGAGUCUGGUCUGGAAACCUUGGAGCGUUGCAAAAGGGUCAUAGUUCGCUGGAUUAUCGACUCCGUGAUUCGCCUUUGUUAUCCGACAAUGCUCUCAAAUUCCUGAAAGAACUCGAAGAGAACCUCGAUGAAGCAUAUGCAGUUGUAUCCGGGGCUCGUCUACCGUACGAAGAGCAGCCCAGGUCCGACAAGGAUGAAGAAGAAGAAGACGACAAUGACGAUGGCUUUUUCAGCGAGGACGAAGAAGAAGAUGAUGGCCCAAGUGAAGAAAAAACAGAGUUGAGCAUGCGCUUCGGGGAAGUUGUUGACAUCAUAGACAACCUCUACAAGCUGAGUGUCCGUAUCAGGAUGCCUACGAUACGGUCAAGAUCACUCAAAGCAGCUUCAUAUCAGCCGACAGAUCCAGAAACGGGCGUCAAUCUGCUGGACAUGUACGCAGAGUACGAUCUACAGCACACGAAAGAACUGAUUUGGCAUCUACGCCAGCCUCACACAGGCGAUUCCCAGCCUGAAUCCGACUAUUUCGUGACGCGUCUGAGCAAGGGCAUCACCCUUCGUAGGCGCCAAUUUAAAUACUGGAAAAGACACCGAGACAAGUUGAGCAUUUCUGCCGUCUUUGGAGAGGGAUCUCAGAUUAUACAACCGGUAGUUGAACGACCCGAUGCUCCUCAGCGCAUAGAUACUUUGGAAGUUAACCCAGAGAACCCCAUCAUUGUCACCAAAGAAGCUCCAAGUCACAAAACCGGUAAAACGUUGCUGUCAGGUACCGAGGCUACACAACACCAUCAAUCGUUGGAUGAGAUGGUCGACACCAAAUCGGUGACAAGUUACGCUGUCACGGUCAAGGACAUACAGGGGAGAGGUGUCGAUCUACCGCCCCCUCCCAAAGGCGCCGGGGGCGAGAAGGAUUUCGAGUGUCCGUACUGCUUCAUCAUCUGUCCAGCACGCUACGGCCGCGGGCGCGCUUGGCGGACACAUCUGUUGCAAGAUCUGCAGCCAUAUGUCUGCACUUAUCCAGACUGCGAGGGCAGUGGGCUCUUUCGUAGCCGUAGAGAAUGGGUAGCACAUGAAGCUGGUCACCGCAAAGCCUGGAGAUGUUCGGAACAUCCUACAGCUAUCUACAAAUCACCCGCUGGACUGGAGAAUCACCUUCGACGAAAACACCUCGACAGUUUUCCUGAAAGCCAAUUGAACACUAUCGUCAAAGUCGGCGAAACUUCCACCGUGGACGUACGCGAAAAGUGUCCUGUUUGCUUCGCACCUGCCGAUACUGAAGGAAUGGGUGAUUUCCAGAACCAUAUAGCUAACCAUCUGGAACGAAUUGCCACCUUCGCUCUACCCAAUGGGAAUGAAGAUGCCGCAGACGGUGCAAGCAGCGCUGCAAGUCGUGGCAGGUCGGGCAGAUCGGAUAGCACUGGCUCUCAGAAUGCGAGCGAGAUGUCUUUACCUAGCGACGCUUCGGACGAGACAGACAAAAGUGAGAAGAGACAUUUGCGACGUUUGACAGAUAUUCAAUCAGGCAUGAACACCCUGCAGGAGGUUUCUCAUCCGCUCCUGGAAGCUAUGGCGUCGUCUAGUUUGUUGUCUGUCGAGAGCUUGCGUCGUCUGCCAGAUGAGAGUCAAAAUCGGCUUGAUACGCUACUCUUAGAUCACACUGAUGAACACGGCAACUUCGACGAGCAACAAGUUGACGACACGCCCGCAGAAAUUCAAGAACAUUUGGACCAAAGGGAAGACUUUAGAACCUACCUUAUGUCGUUACCAAACGCCCAAUCUGUACGAUUCUUCCGGCGCUACGGCUGGUGGAAGGGUCACGCUAUCUUCACAAAUGAGAAUGCUGCUGCACAGGCUCUAGAUAUGUUUAACAGAAAACGAUACCCGCAAAUCAAGAUCCAUCAGGUCUCUGAAAAGUCAAACAAAUUGAAGUUUGGGAUUCCAGGCGUGGACAGGCGGCCCCUCGUUCGUCAAUCGACAGCAGAGAUACAGGACGAAGAGGAAGAUAUGAGUGUUGCCUCGGGAUCAAUAACCUACGACGUGGAGACAGAACAGUCGACCAAGCGCCCGAUAAUAUCAGUGGCCGAUGUUCCGACACUUCGCUCGUUGUACAGAUCUCGAAAACUUCUACAGCGGGACCAGAGUUAUGCUCCAAAUGACACGUACAACAGGCUCAUCUCCUUUUGUUACUACGAUCUGACAAGACUCAAAGUCGACGCCAUUGUUAACAGCGCCAAUCGAGCCAUGACAGUCACGGAGACUGCUACUACACUCAACCACAUCAUUCACAAAGCAGCUGGUCCGGAGAUGACAAAGGAAGCGAAGGAAAAGGGCAAGGGCAAGAUCAAGCCAGGCCAGAGCAUUCUUACCGGUGGUUACAAUCUUCCCAGCACUCAUGUCAUACACACUGCAAGGCCUAGAUAUACCGGAUCCACGGGUAUGGGUCAAUUCAAUAUACUCACUGAGUGCUAUCGCAGCGUCAUGACUAUCGCUUCAGAACACGGUAUCAAGACCAUCGCCUUCCCGUGUGUGGGUACCGGCGGUUGUGGCUUUCCUCCCAGAGUAGCAGCUCGUGUGGCUCUGCAGGAAGUUCGAGAGCUUCUUGACUCACAUCGAAAUCAUCCUUUCGAACGUAUCAUUUUCUGUGUGAACAGUGCAGUCGAUGAAAAGGCCUACAUGGACUUUUUUCCUGUAUUCUUCCCACCAACACAUGCGGAUCUCGACAUCGCAAGGUCAUCGAACAAGUCUUUAGACCAUGCUACACUCGCUACACAGAUGCUAGAGACGCGUGUCGAGAUCCAGAAGGUUUCUGAAGACCUCUUGAACGAGUUCAGCUCGACCGUGCCUGACUUUGACAAGAAUGUGCUUAGCAAGUUCGGCGCUAUAAAUUCGGCACUCGCUUCAAUCAGAGAGUUUUUGUUAGGCUCCCAGGACCUCAAGAGAAGCCUCGGCGAUCUCAACCUCUUUUGUUCGGUUAUGUCGACGUUAUGUGGCAGUAUUGCAGAGAUAACUGAGAGGAGUGGAAGCGCCGAUAAUAUCCGAGACGACGAGCUGAUCUGGAACGACUACAACUCCCAAAUGGUCGGACUGCAUGAAACAGAUCUUCUUCAUUUUCUGAUCGACUGCCGGAACUUUGUGCAGUGCCUAGACGAUAUUCUGACACGCAAUGGUACUGAGUUGGACGAAAUGACUACCAUACGUCAAAAGCUCAAGAGUUAUGCGGCGAAACAGAAACUUGAAUUUGGCGAAGGUGUCCGUGAUCAUCUGAACGGAGUCCUCUACGCCCGGGAGUACCAGAGAGGUAUGCAACCUCAGAAUCGCGAUAUCGUGAGAUUAGAUCAGAUUCCGUCCGUAUCGCGACUUUACCAGCUGGGCGAUCUGGAAGAGAAGGCGACACUGGCUCGUCCUUCCGUAAUUUUCAAUCAAACAGUCUAUCUGGCAAGGGAAGAUAUCACAAAGCUCCAAGUUGACGUCAUGGUCAAUUCGACUGAUAUGAGGUUCUCAGGAAUGGGUACUCUGGAUCGAAGUGUGUUCCAGAAAGGCGGCCCCGAGCUCCAGGAAGACUGUGGAAAUUUUGGUGUCUGCAAAGAGGGCGAUGUGAAGCUGACAGCAGGGUACCUAUUACCGGCCAAGCACAUUCUUCAUGCCGUGCCAUCAGAGCGGUACCGAACAAAUACGAAGGACAUUCUGCGAAAAAUCUACCGCGAAGUGCUGCACAUGUCCGUCUCUUUACGAGCAACCUCAAUCGCCAUACCAAGCAUAGGCACCGGCACGCUCAACUACCCACUACGCGACACCGCAUCGCUCGCCAUGCAAGAAGUAAAGCUGUUUUUGGAGUCAGUCAUGCCGAAUAGCUUGAUCGAGAAGAUUGUUUUUGUGGUGUACUCGUCUAACGAUGAGUUCAUCUACAAGAGUCUCUUACCAGUAUACUUUCCACCUAUCAACCAAAGCCUACAAGCACAGCCUUUCUUGCGGCCCGUCCAGCCCGGCCAAUCAUCGAUCUCUCCCGAACCACGUACAACACCGCGACGUACCCUCUUCGGUUCUGUUGGUGAGGCGUUCCGCAACGUCCGUUUCGGCAGUAGCAACGUGCCUUCCGGCCAGCAGCCUGCUGAACAGGAAGAACGUCCCAUCAACACUUACGAGGAACACGCGUUGAUAGGGUUUGAAGCACAUGCCCAAGACUGUAUUGUCUGCAAAGAUGUUGGCCGAUUGUAUGACGAAGGAAAGGAUUUGUGCGAAGACGGUUAUCCACUUGCACAAACGUUACACUGGUACAUGGACAUGUCAGUGGAUCAGAACGUCUACACAAAAUCCGGAAGAGUCAAGUUGGAAAUUCCGGCUGAUCUGUUUCCACUGUCGUUAACCCUUCUUACCGUCAUCGAAGCGAGUUCCCGGGAAGAAUCUCGUAGCAAGCCGUUCGUCAGUCUGUAUUCUUCUUAUUCGACGGUAGUCGGAGACGACGCCCGAGAGGAGGAUCGGGAUCUAUUUGGCGGUCACCAUGAGGGUGGAGUUCUCAAGAAGCCAGGCGAAAGACGAUUGAGUGACUUGCAGUCCAAACUACAGGCUCUAGGUGAGGCAGCUUCAAGACUGCAAUCCAGGUCCCAUGAACAAGAUCUUAUGGCAUCACCGCCAGUGGGAGACUCAUCAAUACACGAGUUAUCAGCGGCGCCUGCCAAAACUAAGCAAAGGCCAACCAAUGAGCCUCUCAGUCCCCUGGCGAAACAAAUCCUAUCGCACCUGACCACAGACCUGGAAUCCAGACCUGGCUCAUACAUCGGCCAGCACACGAAGGAUAUCGCUUCCGCACUUCACAAGUCCGUGGCGGACAUAUCAGCGGCCAUCGAAGAGCUAGCAGCGCAAGGACACGUCCACAAUACCAUUGACGGAAACACAUGGGUCGUCUCACACCAUCCCAAAGAUCUACCCACACUUGCGGAACGGCGUAAAAAAUCAAACACGUCAGAAACGAAAUCUCCUUGGGUUCGUGAGGCGCCAGAGUUCCACGACACACCACCUAGCCCGACAACACGUCAUCGUUCUAGCUCAAAGCAACCUGUCGACACUGUUUCAUCCGAGCUCGAGCUCGACAUCAUCAAUAUCAACGACUACUUCACCUACCCGUCGCCUUUUGGCGCACGCUGGACGCGUAUCGAUAAGCGCCUUGUUGAUGCACAGGUAUUGACUGAAGCGGAUGAGGAGUUUGACGACACGGAGGAUAGUCUCGUCGUGCACAGAGUGCUAAGGCGUGGGGAGAUUCGAUCAUGGGCGGAGCAGACAAGGGAUCUCAGAAAGGGGAAAGAGGAAUCGAAAGAGGGCGGGGAGAACUUUGAAGGAGUGUCGAGAAGGCAGAGACCAGGACGAAGAGAAAGUGGGGACGAUCUGGAGCUGGAGCGAGUGGGUAGAGUGUUCACGGCGGGAAGGAAAAGCACGCGAGACGAAGAAGAUAGGUUAUCGAUGAGGAGGGGCGGUGAAAAGGAUAGAGAGCAGGAGAUGCUGGAUCGGUUGCUGGCGGGGGAUGUGAGGGAGAACGAGCUCAGACGGUUCGAGGAUGCGGAUGGUCGUUAGGAUUGGGGGUUGGAGUAGUGUAUAGCUAUGAAGACGUGUAAUCUUCGAGAUACAUGUCAUGGUGCUCUCCUUCAUCAGUUCAAAAACACAAUACUACAAUGUCGUCACAUCAUACGGCUACCAAACCAUACGUGAGGAAAAGUGUUGACGAUAAUGACCAUGUCAAGGCGAAAUUAAUAAGUAUACAACCGUCUGGGUAACCCAAGUAAUCUACUCCCCAGAAAGUCUUCUUGUAGUGCUUCGCAAUCAUAAUCGAACCCAAAACGCCGUGUUAUCCCGC